AUGAAGGAACAUGGUACAGCAAAGGAAAAGAAGAAUGCACCCCCACUUCGUACUUCGUCUCCAUUAUUCCCAUUAUUCGUAUUCCAAUACUACAGCUACCCAUGGAACUACGUCUUCGCAUGGUUAUGGACUACGUCUCCGCUGUUGGCUACCGCUAACCCAUGGAACUAUGUCUUCGCAUGGUUAUGGACUACGUCUCCGCCAUUUGACGCAACAAAGUCUUCCUCUGACUCUACAAACGUACAACAAACAUCCACCAUUUCUGAACUUGAUGUAAGCACUAAAGAGCUCGAGGACAACGAGGAAAUUAAAUUUGAUAUAACAAACAUUUCGAUGGAGUUGAAGCGUGAACCAACGGUUGAAUGGGUGGUUGGUUGUAUUAAUGUAAUCGAUAGAUUUCGGCAGUAUCAGAAGGACGUUCUCAAGAAGGCGGAGAGAGAGGGUUUAAAAUAUGAGAAUAGCUUUAUCGUCAAUCAUUGUGCUCUGUUGGGCAUGUCCAUACCCCAUGUUCACGAAACAAGAAAUGGAAAGAAAUAA